CACCGCGAGAUAAUUAUGCAGAUAACGGUGAUGCUCGCCGGUAUCCCACCUGCAGGAGGAUCUACAGGGUCGGGAUUGGAGAUAGACAAGAUGGACCAACAGUAUUGCCUACGGUGGAACAAUCAUCCAGCCAACCUCACAGACGUUCUCAGCUCCUUGCUUGCCAGAGAGGCACUCUGCGACGUAACCCUGGCGUGUGUUGGAGAGACAUUCAAGGCACACCAGACGAUACUCUCUGCAUGCAGUCCAUAUUUUGAGAGCAUUUUCCUCCAGAAUACCCAUCCCCAUCCAAUUAUAUUCCUGAAGGAUGUCAAUGACACGGAAAUGAAGGCAUUGCUGCACUUUAUGUAUAAGGGAGAAGUUAACGUUAGUCAGCAUCUACUACCGAUGUUCCUUAAAACAGCUGAGGCAUUACAGAUUAGAGGCCUCACUGAUAAUAGCACUGUAAAUAACAAGGCAGAAGAGAAAAGUCCAUCGCCAGAACCAGAAACACAAACUGGCAUUAGGCAUACCGAAUCGCCUAGCCUUCAACCUCUUCCUGAAAAGAGGAAACGGAAGGCUUCGGGCAGCUAUGAUGUUUCUCUUAGUGGUCCUCCCAGUGAACGGUUCAUGUCAGAUUCUCAGGCAUCCUCACAAUGUAGUUACAAAUCAAGCCCUACCGUGAUUCCAAAGUUAAAUAAUGCCAUGGGAGGUGAGAUGGAAGAUGGUGGUCGACCAAUGUCUCCUGCAUCACAGCCGCAACCUUCUAUCAAGCAAGAAUUAGAUCAUCACUUACCAGACUUCCAUGACAACAUUUCCCUCCCAACUAGUGUGGAGUGGGAGGUUCAAAGAGAUGGGAAGAGUGACGAAACUAUGGAUGUACAGAACAUGACCCAAAAUCAACCAGAUCCCGCUGUGAUACAAGUAUCUUGUGAAAGUACUAUCAUGGCUGGAGGUUCCCUGUCUAUCACUAUGUCAGAAACCACGUCUGAUUGUUAUAAGAACUCUUACAGAUUUUUGCAAAAACACCCUGUGUCUCAGAAAUUCAAUUCACAUAGUAGCAAUAGUAUUGAAUCAAGUUCAUUGUGUAAUUUGUUGCUGGAAAACAAUGUAAAUGUUAAAAAAUCGUAUAAUAAUAAGAGUAUCAAUAGACCAAUAAUAGUAAAUCAACAGCAAGGCAUGUCAAUGAUUCAAUCAACUCUUUGUAACAUUUCACAACGUACAAAUCUUCAGGGUAGAAAGACUGGUAGAUUCAAAGUUGGGUGGUUAGAUAUGUAUUCUUGGCUUCGGUACGAUGAAAGAUCGAAUCUUAUGUAUUGCAAGUACUGUAGGAAAUGGAGCGAUUCGAUUCCCGAAAUUCGCACUUCAUUCGCAGCUGGGAAUGGAAAUUUUAGACUUGAAAUUGUAAAUCAUCAUGAUAAAUGUAAAGCUCAUAAUUUGUGUGUUGCUAAAGAGAGUGCAACUAGAGAAAGUUACACUUAUAUCAUGGAAACCUGUUGAUUUUAUAUCACAGUUGCAUCUUUAUAGUCUUAGUUAAUUUGUGAUUAAGUUCAUAUAUUUAAAAGUUCAUAUACAUUUUUUAUUUUCAGUUAUUAUAGAACCGUGUCUAGAUGCAUGUUUAUAAUUAUUUAUCAGUCAUAUAUUUCCAUUAAAAAUGAAUGUUUAUUAUUUCUAUUUUGUUGAAAGCAUGUUCGUGUCACGAUACUUUAAAAGCCUUUUGAUGUUCUUUCUUCCUUAUGGUAUAUGUUAGAGAUGCAUAAAGGUUGUAUCCAAUUUGGGGUAUAUUAAAAAACGUGCCUGCUACUAGCCAUAUUUUAAAAGCUGCCAUCGUUACAAAUAGAAUUAGUGGAUCAAUAUAUUUUUUAACCAACUUUUCGAUACCUUCGUGAAAAUCUCGUGCAAUUAGCUCUGUUAACUUUUCCAAUUGCAGUGAAGAAAAUCAUUCAAUUGAAAGUCAAAUCUUCAAUGGAUAUAUAUUAAAAUAUUUUAGUGAAUGUUAUUGCGUUAGAAAGAUGUUUAAAGCGCGAAAGUUAUUUAAUUAACAAAGUUGUUACAGAAAUAUUAAUCUAUAUUUAAUAGCUUUUAAUGUACAGAAAUACGUGUAUCUUUCUAAGUUUAGAUUUUCUCGAACAGUUGCAAGGUUGUUGUAAACGAUCGAUGGAAUAAGAAUUACCAAAGCACGUGCAUGUUGGAAAUGAUGCGUUUCUGUGAUGAAUUCUUGCAUAGAAUAAAAACUGAAUGUAUUUCAUAAUACUGAUUCUAUUCUGUAACAAAUUUCCGUCAAAUCGACGAGUUCAUUCUCUUUGUUAUAAUUACUUUUUACGAUGUAAAUAGUAAAUAAAGAACGACAGUUAUAAAUUUUAA